UCCUUUUGCACACAUUCGUUAUGUAAUGUGCUUUCUUGAAGGGUUUUGGGUGUGGAUAUUUCUCCAAGGCUCUGUGCCAUUGGGUAGUUUUUGACUCACAAGGCUGCCAAAAUGCCUAUGUUUCAGCCUUCCAAGAGGGAUGUGCUUGUUGGGUUUGAAGGUAGUGGUGAUGGGCAAGUUCUGGAUCUGGAUACUGCAGUUAAAGAUGGGGUUUUGGGUGGUGUCAGAGGCGGCAGUUUUGGCGGUGGAGUUGGAGAGAAAUUGGAUCUCAAGAAGAUGAUUGAAGAGCUUGAUUUACCAGAAGUUCCAUCGGUGUUUAUUUGCCCCAUUUCUCUUGAAACCAUGCAAGAUCCAGUAACCCUUUGCACUGGACAGACCUAUGAAAGGUCCAACAUUCUCAAAUGGUUCAGCUUGGGGCAUUACACUUGUCCCACUACAAUGCAAGAGCUUUGGGAUGAGGCGAUUACGCCAAAUAAGACCCUUUACCAUUUAAUUGAUACUUGGUUUUCACAAAAGUACUUGCAAAUGAAGAAGAGAUCAGAAGAUGUGCAGGGAAGGGCCUCGGAGCUUCUCGACACGCUGAAGAAGGUGAAGGGUCGGGCUAGAGUUCAAGCCCUGAAGGAGCUGCAGAUAGUUGUAGCAGCUCAUGCCACUGCUAGAAAAACUGUGAUUGAUGAAGGUGGGGUAGUUGUACUGUUAUCUCUACUGGGUCCAUUUACAUCACAUGCUGUUGGCUCUGAAGUUAUUGCAAUUCUUGUGAAUUUGAUCCUCGAUUCAGAAUCAAAGACAAAUUUGAUGCAACCUGCGAAGAUUUCGUUAAUGGUGGACAUGUUGAAUGAAGGAUCAAUUGAGACCAAAAUCAAUUGUAUGCAGUUGAUUGAAAUCUUGAUGGAGGAGAAGGAUUUUCAAUCAGAACUUGUCUCGAGCCAUAGUUUAUUGGUUGCUUUGAUGAGGGCGGUGAGGGACAAGAGGCACCCAAAUGGUAACUUACCCGGGCUUAGUCUACUCAAAACAAUAUGCUUACAUAAGCAUAUCAGGAACUUAGUUGUGUGUAUUGGAGCUGUCCCUCAAUUGGUUGAAUUGUUACCUGGUUUGAAUCCUGAUUGCUUGGAACAGGCCCUACUCAUUUUGGAUGGCCUGUCCUCUAUACCGGAAGGGAGAUUAGCUUUGAAGGAUUGUUCAAAUACUAUACCUAAUACGGUGAGACUAAUAAUGAGAGUUUCAGAAAGCUGUACACAAUAUGUUCUGUCAAUCUUGUGGUCUGUAUGCAAACUUUCCCCAGAUGAAUGUUCAUCGAUAGCUGUGGAUGCGGGUCUUGCAGCAAAGCUCCUCCUCGUUAUCCAGAGUGGUUGCAAUCCAGUAUUGAAACAGCGAAGUGCAAAAGUUUUGAGGACAGGUCUCCUUGUUACUUCAGAAUCAAUCAGUGCUGUCAUGAAAAGAAAGAAAAGAAAGCUCAGAGCUUUUCCUGAAUUGGAGCAUUAA